UUCGGCGGGGUUAACUCGGGUCAAAGCUCGCUGAACUGGUAACGUUUACAAGGUCGGCUUCGCUUUGGGAGGGAACCUGUGGCUGAUCUGGUGCUUCUACUUCACUCCUCUCACGUCCAAGUUCACGCCUGCAGUCGCCAUGGGCUGGGAGACGGUCCUGUACAGCGUUCUAGCCGGGGUUGUGACCGCUCCGAUCCUGAUCAAGCUUUUCUACCCACAUUUCUACACAGACGUCAGAUUCAUACUCAAGUCUCUCCCAAUCACGAGGUUGGAGAAGAACAUAAAGAACAAUGUUUCAGUCAUCACCCGGUUCAUCCAGCAGGCAGCCGCCAAACCUGACAGGACCUUCCUCAUGUACCAGGACGAGGUCUACACUUACAGAGAGAUGGACCAGUGGUCUAACCGUGUGGGGAACUUCUUCCACGCCCGCGGCCUUCGCGCCGGCGAGACUUUCGCCAUCUUCAUGCUGAAUGAGCCGGCUUACCUGGCCAUUUUCCUGGGUCUGUCCAAACUGGGCAUGACGACAGCCAUGCUGAACAACAACCUCAGGUCUAAAUCUCUGCUCCACUGUUUCAACGUCAGUGGGGCAAAAAACCUGAUCGUUGGGAAAGAUGAAGCUCUCAUCAGCGCCAUCCUGGAGAUCCUGCCGGAACUGCAGCAGCAGGGGGUGACAGUGUGGGUGAUGGGGGACCAGGUCCAGGAGAACGGAGUCCUGCCAUUGGAGGAUAAGAUCGAGGCGGCCUCAGAUGCACCAAUCCCAGCGGAGCUUAGAUCUGGCAUUCGCAUGAAGGACAUGAUAGCAUACAUCUACACCUCAGGAACUACAGGUCUUCCAAAGGCUGCAAAGAUUUCCUACGGCAGGAUGGUGUAUGCCAGCAUGUUCCUUGCGCUGUGUGGGGUGACAGCGGAGGACGUGGUGUACACAGCUUUGCCGCUGUACCACAGCGCUGCACUGUGUAUCGGGCUGGCAGGAACAGUAGAGACAGGCUGUACCUGGGUGUUGAGGAAGAAGUUCUCGGCCUCGCGGUUCUGGGACGACUGCAGGAAGUACAACGUCACGGUGGUGCAGUACAUCGGGGAGCUACUGCGCUACCUCUGCGCUCAGCCGAAGCGGCCAGAUGACCUGGAUAACCAGGUGUGGGCAGCCGUCGGAAAUGGUCUGCGGCCUGAGAUCUGGUCCGAGUUCCAGGAGCGUUUCGGCGUGAGCAACAUCAUGGAGUUCUACGCAGCCACGGAGGGAAAUGUCGGCUUCGUCAACCUGCUGCAGAAGUUUGGGGCUGUCGGGUACGCCUCUCCUCUCAUGAGGAAAUUAAGACCCUGCAACUUCGUCAAGUACGACGUGGCGACAGGGGAACCAAUCAGAGACGAGAAUGGAUGGUGCAUAGAGACCAAGCCAGGUGAGAAUGGCCUGGUGAUUGCUCCCAUCACCCAGCGGACGUUCUUCGACGGCUACGCGGGGAAGAAGGAGCUGAGCGAGAAGAAGGUUCUUCGAGACGUCUUUAAGAAAGGAGACGGCUACUUCAACAGCGGAGACGUCCUCUUCAUGGACACAGACUAUCACGUUUUCUUCGUGGACAGACUUGGAGACACCUUCAGGUGGAAGGGAGAGAACGUGGCGACCACAGAAGUGAGCCAGGUCCUGUCUGAACAUGACGCCAUCCAGGAGGCAAACGUCUACGGAGUCAAAAUACCAGGAUACGAUGGUCGUGCAGGGAUGGCUUCCUUAAUCGUACGUCCCGACCACAGUCUUGAUUUCCCAGCGCUGUACGAGCACGUGGCCCAGUACCUCCCAUCUUACGCAGCCCCGCGGUUCCUCCGUCUGCAGCAGGAGAUCGACGUCACAGGGACUUUCAAACAGAAGAAGGUGACAGCAGUGGAGGAGGGUUUUGACCCCCAUCAGGUGAGUGACCCCCUGUACUUCAUGGACACGAGCAGGAAAACCUACAUACCGCUGGACACUGGGCUGUACCAGGGCAUCGUCAACGGACAGGUCACUGUCAACUGAGCAACUACAGGGCUCGAAAUUAGGAUAUCAGGGCUUCCUUUAACACAACCAG